AUGUCCUACAGCCACCUCAAUGAGCAAGCGGCGCAGUUCGCCAUCCGAGCGACAAAACAGCAAACCGCAUGGGAAACCCAGACACAUCUACAAGGAAUGCAACACGUGGGAUUGCUGGAAGGCUUUGAGGCCAUAUUGUACUUCGAUUCACCAACACAGCUGGUUGAGCAGUUGGGUUCAACCGCCGAUCAAUACCUGCAAUAUGUCCACAAUGUAUUUGUUGACGGAUGGGAGGAGCUUUUAAGUCAAGAUGGCAAGCGUCGAGCGUUCUACUCCAUCCUUCUCCGCCUCUCGAACCUUAAAAACGUCUUCUUCAUCGCCUACACACCCCCGGCUCAAGAGUACCUCGAUUCUCUCCUCCUGCUGAGGAACCCAUCUCCCAAGGAACACCUAGCCUUCUUCACCGGCUACAACCGAACUCGAGCCUCAGCAUUGGGCCGCGAUAUCGAGAGGUCCUACAGAAACAGUCUCAGCGGUCCCGCUGGCCACAGUGUGGAGCCCUUUUGGAAGUAUCGUCUGGCCGUCGACUGGCUUCCGCAAAGCAGUCGCCGACCCCUCACCGAUUGGCACAACCUGUGGACGACCCAGCACACCCCCAGACUCACGCAGCUGGUCAAGCGCUGUGUGAGUGAAGUUGAGUUUCGCUGGAUCCAGAACAUUCGUCUUCUGCAAGGGCUUCCUGCUGACCUAGUGCUCAUACAUUGGAUGUGGACGGAGGAGUGGGCGACUUUGGGACGUCCUGAAGAGUAG